CGUCCCUGGUUUUACAAUGCUUUGUCAGCUUUCCUGGUCCUGGAUGGAGCCUGCCGAAAAGAAGCUGGGAAUUGCCCGUCUCUCUUUUCCAGAGGAUCCUCUUUGCCAUAAGAGCUGCAGCAGGAAACGGAAGAGAAAUCCAGUCCGCGUUUUCCACGCGUACCAGGAUAAUCAGAGAAGUGGAUAAUAAUUGUUAGAACUCGUUCUCCUCGCCUCUCCCUCCCUCUCCUCCCCCCCCCCCUCUCCCAGCCAUGCUGGGCCUGAUAGGCUCAGCCAGACGUGUAUUUACCCAUAUCCGGGCUAGAGAGGAAAAGAAAAAACUUUCAUUUAGACUAAAAAACAAAACAAAACAACAACUUUCACUAUGAAAUCACUCAGCAGGGACAGGCACGGAGCGUAAGGCAUUCUUCAAUUUCUAAUCUCCAUGAAGGACUUUGGGAGGGGACUUUUCUGUCAUUUUUCCAAAAAGAAAAAAAAAGCCCUUGCUGUCUGCGCGUGAGUGCGCGCGCGCGCGGACGCGCCUACAAUAAUCAUACUGGCUUUUUCAUCAAAUAAAUCUGUUUUCCUGUGCUUUAGGGACAGUUUUGAAUUGUGUUUGGUCCUGUCAAUUCCACACCCUUAUUUAUUUUUCCCGUUUUUCUAGUGGGGGGGGAGGAAAGGGGAGGGAGAUAAUUGAGUCUCCUCGAUCAUGGCCGCGCAAGUAGCAGCGGCUCCGAUGAGUGCGAGCAAGAAGAGCAAGGUCAAAACCCAGAGUUUGACGGGUAACUUAAGCCAGGAUCUUAACUCUGGGUUUCCCGCGGCUGGCACCGUGGGAGCUGCUGGACAUGGCUCCCUCCUGGGGGUCGUAGAUGGGACGAGCGGCAGCCGAUUGAAUAAUGUAGAUCACCAUCUUCUCCACCAAGAUAAUGAAGUGAACAUGGCCAGUAAUGCAACUUCUACCGCCGCGGUUCCUAACAACGCUACCAGCAGCGGCCGCAGCUCUUCCUCGGAACUGGUUCUGAAAGACCCUGGAAGCGCGUCGGGCUUAUCUUCCUCUUCUUUUCUUAUGGAGACAGGGCUGCUUCCUAAUCAUAAGUUGCAAAGCGUUGGAGGCGAUGCCCCAGCCACCGCACCUUCACACCACCCCUCUGCCCAGCACCAGCACCCAGCUCACCUCCGUGCCCAGCAUCCCCACGUUCACUACCACCACCACCACCACCACCACGCAGUUCAACACCAACAGCUAAAUCAAUUCCAGCCACAGCCGCCGCCUCAGCACCAUCCGAUGCAGAAACAACAACGGCGGCGGCGGCGGCAGCAGCAACAACAACGGCGGCGGCGCUGCUCAGCCCAGCAGCGCAGACAUGGAACAGCAGCAGCAGCAGCAGCAGCAACAUGGAGGAAAAGAUCGUGGCUUGGGGGGACAGGCCGAGCCCCAAAGCCAGCCGCAGCCUCAGCCCCUGCUGAAUCAAGGCGGGGACGGGGAAGAGGCGACGCCGCCGCCGGACAAAAUGGGCGAGCAGCACCUCAACAGUCGCUACGACCACCCUAGUUUGGGACCUUUGGGCGGGCAGCAGCAGCAGCCGCCGCCUCCACCGCUACCACCACCGCUACCACCUCAGGGAGCGGGUGGCAGCA